AUGACUAAUUCAAGUCAAGUAAAUGCUGGAACAGUAAGUGCUGCAACAACAUCGGUUGCACACAAUCGUUCAAAUGAUGCCCUAGCACCGGCUGAGAAACCUGCAAAGUUUUCUGGAGUCGACUACAAGAGAUGGCAGCAAAAGAUGUUUUUCUAUCUGACUACGUUGAGUCUGCAGAGGUUCAUUAAUGAGAACGUUCCUGUUAUGUCGGAUGAAACUCCGCCUGAAGAACGAUUCUUGGUAACAGAAGCAUGGACACAUUUUGAUUUUUUGUGUAAAAAUUAUAUUCCGAGUGGCCUGCAGGAUGAUUUGUACAAUGUGUACAGUAAUAUGAAAACCUCAAAAGAACUCUGGGAUGCUUUAGAAAAGAAGUACAAAACAGAGGAUGCCGGAAUGAAGAAGUUUAUUGUGGCAAAGUUUCUGGACUAUAAGAUGAUAGACAGUAAGACCGUCGUCACCCAAGUUCAAGAAUUGCAUGUCAUAAUUUAUGAUCUCCUUGCUGAAGGAUUGGUUGUGAAUGAUGCGUUUCAAGUGGCUGCAAUUAUUGAGAAGUUACCUCCAUUGUGGAAGGACUUCAAAAACUACUUGAAACAUAAACGCAAGGAGAUGACUGUUGAAGAUCUCAUGGUAAGGCUGAGAAUCGAAGAAGAUAACAAGGCAGCAGAAAAGAGAUCGCGUGGUAAUUCAGCAAUAUCUGGAGCUACUGAAUGUAGGGGUCCCAAGAAGGACAAGAAGAAGGAUCAAGCAAAUUUGGCUGAAUCUAAAGCAGAGAUGGACGAUCUUUGUGCAAUGCUUUCAGAAUGCAACUUGGUUGGAAAUCCAAGAGAAUGGUGGAUAGAUUCUGGUGGAAGGAACUGGCAAGAUCCUCCUAAAGAUGACAUCAGGCAAGGUGGUGACUUUGAACAGGGUCUCGUAUGUUCCGGGAUUGCGAAAGAACCUAGUUUCUAUACCAGUUCUGACUAA